GAUAUCUCAAAGAAGCUGUUUAAUUUAGCAGUGCGUUUAGUGGUCUUCUGUGUUUAUGGGUUAUUGCUGUGGAUAUUCAAAAUCUGUCUUCUAUUGAGGAGAAUCACUAGAAAGAAUAAGUGUGGAGAUGACUGUGACUAAUCUAGCUCUGUCUCAUUUUAAAGGGAGGGAUGUGGUGCAAAGUGAUAAUCUAUCAGAACUGCUACUGUAAGGGUGAAGAAUUAGAGUAAAAAAAGAUAUAUUUUAAAAUGGAUGAGUCUUUUUGAAUUGGUUUGUUAUAAUAUUUUUCAUAACGUAGAAAUAUCAAUUUAUUUGUUUUCGAAUCCCCCAAAAAGGAAUUCUGAAGUUGAAACUAAAUAUUUUGCAUCUCUAUAUUUGCUUGCAUCUCCGUCUUAGUGAAAGCUACUGUGUUUCUGUAUGUCCUGGGGCAGAAAAAGAAGAAACAAAUGAGUUUUAUAAAAGCACAAAAAAAAGUGGUAAAUAUGAAGUUACCGAUCACAGUAUGGUGGAUUAGGUUAGACAUUUUUAUUAGUGUAGUUGCCAAAUACUGUUACUGAUGGAAUUUCAGUACAUUUAAUAGGACAGCUACCGUUGAAUAUCAUUUGGAAGAUGCAACCAUGAAUAUUGUAGAAACUAGGCAUAACAUAGGUUAAUAAACGUAUUUGUCCUACUGUUCAACCUUCUUGGCUCUAAGAACUGGGACGUACACUGGUUAGGUGAAUGCAGCGCUGGAAAGAAAAGCUGUUGCAAGGCUGGCCAGAGUUUAUUUGAACACCUUUCACAACACUUAGAUUUGGGGUUUGCACAGCUUGGGGAAAUAAAUUGCACAUUCAUCACAGCCACCAAAACAUGUGACUUACUGUAGUUUCAGAACAAAUAUUUUUACUGUACUAUGUAAUCUGAAAACUGGACAUUUUACAUGUUUUUUUUAAUUGAGCAGCUGUUCCUUCUUUUAUACAGUAGGACCAUAAAAUGUAUAAUUUGGCCAUGAAGUCCUAAGCAUUCUAAAAAGCAAAAAAAAAAAAAAAAAAAAAAUGUAAGAAACCCUCCUGUGACAGCAAUCAUUUCUCAGUGCACAGCAAUUUGGCUGUCUGAAACAGCUGGCACUAUAGGGCGGAACAAUGGGGAAGCAGAGGGAGGGGUGUGCUUAUUCAAAGCACCCUCCGGGAGGAUCAGGUUACAGACUCUGUCAUUAACAACAGACUGCGCCAUGUACUGAGACUCUGGGCUUCAAGUCUGAGCAGGAGUCUGUGGCUCAGACGGGUAGGUGUUUCAAUUACACAAAGGGGGGAAAAGUCAUUGGGCAAGUCUUGGCAGCAGUUCCAGAAAGGGAGACGUCUCUUCAAGGAUACAUCGUUUCUGGGGCUGGCGUUUACCGUGUGCUGAUAUGUGAGCUCAGUCGAGAUUCUAUGAUGGUAGAUGGAGUCAUGAUUCUGUCUGUCUUGGUGAUGUUGGUCUUGCCCUCUUCCAGUAUGGAAGAAGAAGAAUUGAAGGUAAACACAAAAACCUAUGAGUGUGUUUGUGAGGGAAUGUCCUGUGGGAGCAGGGAUCGCUGCUUUGGCCAGCAGUGUUUUUCCUCACUCAGUAUAAAUGAUGGCACUUGGGUUUACCAGAAAGGCUGCUUUCAGGUUUAUGAACAGGGAAAGAUGACCUGCAAAACCCCUCACUCCACAGAACAGGCAGUGGAAUGUUGUCAAGGGACUUUAUGUAACCUGAACAUCACAGCACAACUGCCCCUAAAAGGGAAACAUCGACAAGGUGAAGCUCAGCGUUACAGUGUGACAACGUUGGCCAUCGUUAUUGUGGCCCCUGUCAUAGUGCUGAUAGUCCUGUCUGUGAUUGCUGUCCUGAUCGUCAGAUCAAUCCACCACAAUCAGAUGGAGAGGCUAAAUGCACGUGAUGCAGAGUAUGGGACGAUAGAUGGAUUGAUAGCCUCAAACGUUGGGGAGAGCACUUUGGCAGAUUUGUUGGACCAUUCCUGUACAUCAGGCAGUGGAUCUGGUCUGCCUUUCCUGGUUCAAAGGACAGUAGCUCGGCAGAUUACACUGAAUGAGUGUGUGGGAAAAGGCCGCUAUGGAGAAGUCUGGAGAGGACAGUGGCAAGGAGAAAGUGUGGCAGUGAAGAUUUUCUCCUCCAGAGAUGAAAAAUCCUGGUUUCGAGAGACUGAAAUCUACAACACUGUGCUGCUGAGGCAUGAAAACAUAUUGGGUUUUAUUGCUUCGGAUAUGACUUCAAGAAACUCCAGUACACAGCUGUGGCUCAUAACACACUACCAUGAAAUGGGCUCCCUGUAUGAUUACCUGCAGCAGACCACCCUGGACACGGUGGGCUGUCUGCGCAUAGCUCUGUCCAUAUCCAGUGGUUUGGCACAUCUGCAUGUAGAGAUCUUUGGAACCCAAGGAAAGCCUGCCAUUGCACACCGGGACUUAAAAAGCAAAAACAUCCUGGUUAACAAGACUGGGCAGUGCUGUAUAGCAGACUUAGGACUUGCUGUGAUGCAUUUCCAAGAUACUGAUGAGUUAGAUGUGGGAAAUAACCCCAAGGUGGGGACUAAGAGGUAUAUGGCACCAGAGGUUCUAGAUGAAACCAUCCAGGUUGACUGCUUUGAGUCUUAUAAGAGAGUCGACAUCUGGGCGUUUGGACUUGUCUUGUGGGAGGUGGCCAGGAGGACAGUUAGCAAUGGUAUUGUAGAAGACUACAAGCCACCCUUUCAUGAUGUUGUCCCCAACGACCCCAGUUUUGAAGAUAUGAAAAAAGUUGUUUGCAUUGACCAGCAAAGGCCAAACAUUCCUAAUAGGUGGUUUUCAGAUCCGACUUUAACAUCUGUUGCUAAGCUUAUGAAGGAAUGUUGGUACCAGAAUCCCUCUGCAAGGUUAACUGCACUGCGCAUCAAAAAGACACUGACAAAAAUCGACAACUCCUUGGAUAAAAUCAAAGCUGACUGCUGAACUCUCUAGCACCAAGUGGCACUGUAAGGGCUUCAUGAAGCACACAAGUGUUUCGCCUGGAAAGAAGACGUGGGGUCGGUCCUGGCACAGUGCUCAAUAGUGGCACAGAUUAUUUAUUUUAACAACCUGAUGGGAGAAAAGUUUGGCAUCCAAAUAUGGCUUUGUGGGCAUUUUAAAAGGCUGUAAAGAUUUGGUGAUAAUUUGCUGGCUACUGUCAGUUUGCAUCCAUAGGAACUUGUAAUAGUGGCAUUCUUCAAGGAAGAAACUGUCACCUGGGCAUGGAAUAAUGGCGCUGGUUGUCUUAGACACUACUUGGAUAAAACUAAUAACCGAACUGCUAUUUCAAUGAGCAGUAUGGUCUGUGCUUCUCUACUUUAUUGACCUAGCAGUCUGCAUUCCUUACUUGCACUUACUGGUGCAUUGUAAAAGAAAAUUACUUGCCAAAAAUGGAUUGGUUGUUUAUCCCACUAACACCAUAUCUUAGAAAUAUCAAGAACUGAGAAACUGAAAAGAAAAACAAUAUUGAGUUAUUUUAUUUUAGCAUCAUUUUUUGCACUGGUGUUUACAUUGUUGUUGGAAAAUUAGGUUUUCUUGGUAUUCUUUAUAAAAAAUAUUUAUUGCUAAUGCACUGAUUAAUUGUAAAAUAGUGCAGCAGUUUAAGCUACUUUCUUUCUUGCUUCAAAAAAUGACGUAUGCAGUCUUCAAUGUAAUCUGUUUCGUAUAUCACAUUACAGUCCAUGCAUUAUGUAUCUAAUGUUUUAUGAUUUGUUUUAGUGUUUUAUAAGCUUUACUGAGUUCAGAUGCUAAAAAAGUAAAUAAAAACACUCAAUUCGUAAUUUAUACAUGUUGAAAAGAGAUGCAUUAAAAUAAGGUUCAAAGUUGUCAAGCCUGUGGAGGUGCUUUAUCUUAAAAUCUUUGUGCAUUGUAAACUCGGCCAGAAUUUAAAAUUUGUUUGGUUUUACUCAACAUUUGAUAUUUAGUAGUCAUUUGUAUAAAUUAAAUAGAAUGUUUGCAACCGACUAUAUGAAAGGGUUGUUUGUGAUGUGUGUCUCAGAUCUAAUAUAACAUUAUGUUAAUGUUAAACGUGUAGUUGUUUAAUUUUAUUAGCAAUCUAUUAAGUUACAAAUGAUAUAAGCAAAACUGAUUUAAAGCACACUAAACAAUGAGAAAAGGAUUUCACAAAAAAACACAUUUACAUGAAGCCCUCUCUAUAUUUAGACACCCGAUCUGAUUGAGAUAGACGAUUUGAAUGGCACGUUAUCAAGGAAAAAUCAUACCCUACUACUAACCCCUAAAUCUACCCUCUACCCCUAAAUCUAAUGUCUACAACUAACCUAAUUUCUACCCUUAAACCUAACUGUAUUUAUUAAAGUAAUUUUUACUAAUAUUUUUAAUACUGCUUUUUAGCGCCCACUAGUGGCUACUACAUCCGACUUCCAUUAAAGCGCUUGAUCCAGACCUAAUCUACCUGUUAGUAGGCUAGUAGGUACCUAUUGGCCCAUUCCUAUGGGAUGAUAUUUGAUGAUAAUGUCCCAUUUAAUCGACUGAUCUCAAUCAGAUCAGAUGAUUUUGACUAGGCUGACCCAACUCUGAGAAUCACUGCAAAAUAUGCCUGCAUUUUUAAAGUAUUAUCAGUAUAGUAUAAUGUAUUAUACUGUUGAGCCAGAAUAACACAGAGCUGCCAAGGAGUUGUGAUGUCAUGUAGAGAUGCGACCAGCGUCUUCAUGCAACUUGAGAGGUGGGGAAAAUGCUGGACUGUUCUAUAAAAACAUGUACUUUGUAUUUUUACAGGACAAUGAAUGAUAACAGACUGGUUAUGUGUGAAUGCUUUCAUGUUAUUAUUCUGGUUUGGGUACAUUCUUUCUAAGCUUUACAUUUAAAAUGUUUAAAAUUAUGGAUUUAGAGAAUUACUUGAAGGCAGUACUAACUAGGUACAAACGACUUCAUUAAAGUCUGUUCUG